AUGCCGAGGAGGAGGAGGAGGAGGCGGCGGCGGCGGAGGAGGAGGCGGCACAGAGGAGAGGACAGCCCUGCUGCUGCUGCUGCUGCUGCUGGCAGAAGAGGGGGGAAGUUUGACAAAUCGCCCCGGAGGAAGGAGGAGGGGAAGCCCCCCGAAGAGGAGUCGGCGGAGCCUCAGCCUGCGCUCUCCACUCCCCGGCUCCUGGCUCGGCGCUGGAGCGGCGGCGGCGGCGGCAACAGGCGAAGCUUGAAGGGAAACGAGAUGAUCGCAGUGUCACUCAAACUAGUCCGCAAAGAGGGAGAGGGGCACCGCGCUCCCACCGCCUCCCGCUCCGGACGGCACCUUAACUCUUUGCGCAUCGCGCCGCCGGCCCGGCGCCCGGCACCCGUCACGGCCACGGCGGCGGCGAAGGGUCCGCCCGGGGCGGCGGCGGCGGCGGCGGCGGCGGCGGGGCACCCCCCCCGCCCCCCCCUCGCUGCACCCCCUCCGCCUUCACUGGCGAGCCGCCGCGCUCAGUUCAGCGAGCGCCGGCGGAUCGAUGUGCUGCGGGUUUGA